UGCUGUCUACAGUAAGCCUGGUGUGGGUCAUUUGGAUGUGAACACUACAAGCAGCCUCAAAGAAACAAGACUUUCUAUACCAAUUCUCCUGCAGUGAAGGAAAUAACAUUUUAUUCAAAAUGUCGGACAGAAGUCCUUUUGAAACAGACAUGAUAACCCUUACACGAUAUGUUAUGGAGAAGGGAAGACAAGCAAAAGGUAGUACUGGGGAGCUCACACAGCUUCUCAAUUCCAUGCUGACUGCUAUUAAAGCGAUCUCCUCUGCUGUAAGGAAGGCUGGCCUUGCUCACAUGUAUGGGAUAGCUGGAACUGUGAAUGUGACUGGAGAUGAAGUGAAGAAACUGGACGUUCUCUCCAAUGACCUUGUUAUCAAUAUGCUGGUAUCGUCUUAUGGAGCCUGCGCAUUAGUAUCUGAAGAGAACAAGGAAGUCAUUAUUAUCCCAAAAGACAAGAGGGGUAAAUAUGUCAUCUGUUUCGAUCCCCUUGAUGGCUCCUCCAAUAUAGAUUGUUUAGCCUCAAUUGGAACAAUAUUUGCCAUAUAUAGGAAGACAACAGAUACAGAGCCGAGUGAAGCAGAUGCGCUACAACCAGGACGCAACAUUGUAGCAGCAGGUUACGCUCUGUAUGGAAGUGCAACACUUGUAGCGCUCUCUACUGGCCAAGGAGUGGAUUGUUUCAUGCUGGAUCCAGCACUUGGAGAAUUUGUCUUGGUUGACAGAAAUGUACAAAUUAAGAAGAAGGGGAAGAUUUAUAGUCUUAAUGAAGGAUAUGCAAAGUACUUUGAUCCAGCAAUAACAGAAUUAGAUAACAAGAAAUUUCCUAAGGAUGGAAGUUCUCCUUACAGCUCCAGAUAUGUUGGUUCUAUGGUGGCUGAUGUUCACAGGACACUGAUAUAUGGUGGCAUAUUUAUGUAUCCGGCAAAUGAGAAAAGUCCUAAAGGAAAGCUGCGUCUGCUGUACGAGUGUAAUCCAAUGGCAUUCAUCAUUGAGCAAGCUGGUGGGAUGGCGACCACUGGAACACAGCCGGUGCUAGAUGUUAAGCCUGAAAGUAUUCACCAGAGGGUACCACUGAUUCUUGGCUCGCCAGAUGAUGUACAGGAGUAUCUAGUCUGUGUGGAGAAGCACAAGAAGAGCAGCUAAUUUCCCCCCAUUGUUUUCCUGUUGUCAUCAAAUUCAUAUUUGUUUUCCAAAUAAGCAAAAUGUAACAAUACCAUCUUGUCAAGCAAUUGUGAAAAGCAAACCACACACUAAUACAACAGUAUCUAAAUGUACGCCUUAGUACGUAUAUAUAUAUUACAUAGUAACCAAACAAACCACACACUAAUACAACAGUAUCUAAAUGUACGCCUUAGUACGUAUAUAUAUAUAUUACAUAGUAACCAAACAAACCACACACUAAUACAACAGUAUCUAAAUGUACGCCUUAGUACGUAUAUAUAUAUUACAUAGUAACCAAACAAACCACACACUAAUACAACAGUAUCUAAAUGUACGCCUUAGUACGUAUAUAUAUAUAUAUAUUACAUAGUAACCAAACAAACCACACACUAAUACAACAGUAUCUAAAUGUACGCCUUAGUACGUAUAUAUAUAUAUUACAUAGUAACCAAACAAACCACACACUAAUACAACAGUAUCUAAAUGUACACCUUAGUCAGGGCCGUCUUUAAUAUUGACUGGACACUGGGCAAAAAAAUUCUUGCCCCCCCCCCCCCCACCCCAUGCAAUUUUGCUCUCCACCCCAACAUCCCAAAAAAACAACUAAAUCAAUUUAUUUUAUAAUUGUUUUCAAAUUUAUUAGCCCAGCAGUGGAUCAUCCACUGCUGGGCUAAUCAUUUAAAAAAAUGAAAUAAAUUGCAAUUUGUGAAACUGGACCUAAGCAGUAUUAAAUAAGUAAAUAAAUAUAUUAAUUCCUCCA